AUGCCGCUGUCAGAAGACGAAAAUGACUCUGCGGCUAGCAAGGAUAAAUCUUCCACGAAAGUGUCAAUGAAACUGAGUGACACGGCUCAUGCACCAUCCGUCAAAGUGCCAACUCCGAGGAAGGGCAAACCCAAAGAGAUGGUGCGCCGACCUACCAUGCUUCAGGCUUUACAACACAAGAAAUAUGUCGCUAAUUCUACGUAUUAUCUAACCUCCGGCGGCACGAAUAAGAAACCGCCACGCGAUGUUACGAAAGAACGAAGUCCGUUUUUGUACCCGCGCGAUGUCGAACUUCAAGCUUAUAGAAUGCUCCAAGGAACUUGGGAAGCUGAGCAGAAGAAGAAAAACCAAGCGGACGGUUCUAAUUAUAGGACUAGACAGAAUGCAGAUUUGCGAGCAAGGGUGCAUACACCAAAUGCAACUGUUGGUGGACCAGCUGUUAAAGCUAUUUUAGAUGUCGAUCCUGAUUUUUAUAAAUUGGUGCAAAAUAGACCGAUAAAGGAUAGACUCAAUAUAAAUAAGUACGUGAAUGAUGUGCGAGAAUGUCUGAGAAAUCGUAUUCAAUGCGGCAUGCUACAAGACGAAGCUUUGCUAAUUCAAGAAAAUUGCUACAUGGAAUUGACGCAGAUCAAUGAAAUAAAAGAAAAACAUAAGAGAUAUGCAGAUAGUUUUGACGAAUUCUUAGCAGAGGAUCACAGAAAUGCUCGAAAAUUUUUGGAAGAAGCUGACUUGAUGUCUGCCAAAACCAUGAACUUAACUGUCGAAAAAAAAGAAUUGAGUGUUAAACUUGGAAUGUUGAGAUGCGAACUUUAUACGCUUGAAGAAACUUGGCGCGAAUUAAAAAUGUAUCAGUCAUUUCUUUAUCGGGUCGCACCUCUGUCAUGGCGAUUGGAGCAUGACUGGAUCCACAGAGAUUCGCAUGAUAAUCUGCUACAGGAGGGCCAAACUCAGGAAAGCAAAAUGAAGAAAGAAGAAUCGGUCUUGUCGCUCGAUGAUCUUCUUGUUAAAUUUUUGGAUUUAACUGAAAAAUCUCCGGAACCGAUGAUUCCUUUCAGCACGCCGGGUGAGUUAUUGGAAACUCUCGACGCGUUAGCCGAGUCGACAUUGCAUUCGCUCGCGCAUUUGGAGAAAAUUGCGGGGCCACUCGCCGCCGCCAAGGUAAACGCGGAAGCAGCCAAGGUGGAGGUCGAAGCCGAAUUGACUGCUAUGCGGCGCAAUAUAGAUUCGCUGAGCCGACACAUUGAUUGGGAAGAGAGACGUGGCAGAUCGCUCAAAGCGCGCGGCGAAAGUUUACUCGAGGGCGCCCUGAGAAAAUGCGUAGCGAUAGGUCCAGCAUUAGCCACUCACGUAUGGGUCGAGGAUUGCUACGAGGGUUGCGUUGCUCCUAAUGAUUCCAAUCUGAGCACGAUCGCCAUGGCACGUGGAAUAGAAGCCGAAAUGCAUGCCUUAUGUCUGGUACUAGAUGGGAUGCCACUUAGAUGUGUAGUCAAUGCUAGUGCAAGGGUGCGCGGAGAGCAAGACAAAAUGAUGAAGCAAGCGAAGGAGGCGUCCUCCAAAGUGAAAGUGAUCGACUGUCUGCUGAAGUCAAUCGAGCGCGGCCUGGAACCGGUGAAACCGUACGGCAGGCGCCGACUCAAGCCGAGAACUGUGCCGCCCGCGCCGGCAAAGACGCCACCGCCGCCCCCGAGGGAACUCACGCAGGAUGAGAAAACGAUGCUAACGUUCUUCACGGAUUAUUGUCCCGGAGACGACAUCGAUGAAAAAUUGAAUUUUGCGAAGGGAUGCUUAGAUAAAUACGUUACUGCCGAAGAAACAGAUGGAUUGUUUGAAUAA